CGCUGACCGAGCGGGGGUGGGACGACGUUGUACGCUGUGCCAUUCAACGCCUUGCUUGGGCUCGCACAGGUUCGUUUUGUGAUGUUGUAACCUUGGGACUGGUGGCGACUCAUGUCCAUGUUGCUCUUCGCGCUCAGCGUGACUUUCAGGUGGGCAUGGUUGGGAACUUGGAAUGCGGACCAGGGCCGGGAAGACAGCCAGCCUUGUUGAUCUGCCCGUUACCCGAGUCUACCCAUGCGUUAUCUUGGUCGCGUGUGUGUUCUCGGACAACAACAAUGCUACAGAAGCCCCGCAGCCUGACUCCUGCAACUGUGCUGCCAGCAUUUCCGUCGAGGUGGGCGGACCGCCGUAGCCAGUGCGCCUCUCAAGAAGAGAAGCUCCUCAAGCGGCCACCACCGCUGCAUCCAACCAUGCGCCCCAGCCAUAACCAGACAAAACGCUAAUAACCAUCGGAACCCUUCCAAGUAAAGUACCGUCCUGCCUUAAAUGCAACAAUGCGAGCGCUUUUGAUACACAGCAGAAGAAACAAUCGUAGGACAUCGGGCCUAAUCCUGGCCGUCAAACCCGGCACUUCUCGUCAGCCGGA